AUGGAUUUAUGUGAUCACAACCUGAGACACUUGUUAACAGCGAAGACUAAAUGGUAUAAUCGACAGGAAGUAUUAAUUGGUGUAGAUUUUCUACAUACACAUAAGCCAGCAAUAAUUCAUCGAGACUUAAAGCCAUCUAAUAUACUAGUACAAUAUACGCAUGAUAAGUUAUGGAUUAAACUUGGUGAUUUUGGUUUGGCUACAGAUCACAUACCCGAUCAAUCUCACACAGAAAAUGUGGGCACAACUAAAUAUGUUUCCCCUGAAAUAUAUCGUAUUCGCAAAUAUAACACAAUGGUCGAUAUGUACAGCAUGGGAGUUAUAUGCGAGGAGAUUUUUCAGAUAGAUUCACUAGGGGAUGAUAUUCUGGAAGAAAUAGAGAAAUUUCGAUCGGGUAUUAGAGAGUUACUUAUAAACUACUUGCACAACAAAUCCACACCAAUAAUGCACCGAAGUAUACAACCAAGCAAUAUACUGAUCAAACACCAUGCACAUGGACAUUUUGUUAAACUAGCCGAUUUUGGGUUAGCCAUUGAGCAUCAAACAGAGUCCCAGUCCCAUACACAGUUUCUCAAUGCAGGAAAAUAUAUGGCACCGGAAGUUAAACAAAGUCGCAAAUAUGAGCUAUCAUCAGAUGUAUAUAGUCUAGGUGUAUUGGCUCAAGAUCUAUUUAAUUUCGAUAUUAAUAAGUUUGAGUAA